AUGAAUGUUAGCAGUUUGAGGAGGAACAUAAAAAAUUUGGCCCACAAUUAUACACAUGCUCAAGUAAAAGUAAGAGAAGCGACAAGUAAUGACCCAUGGGGACCCAGUAGUACUCUUAUGUCCGAAAUUGCUGACCUAACUUAUAAUGUUAUGGCCUUCACAGAAAUUAUGCAAAUGAUUUGGAAGAGACUGAAUGACCAUGGGAAAAAUUGGAGACAUGUGUAUAAAGCACUAGUUUUAUUAGAGUAUCUAAUUAAAACUGGUUCGGAAAAAGUUGGUCAACAGUGCAAAGAAAAUAUUUAUGCAAUUCAAACGUUAAAAGAUUUUCAGCAUUAUGAAGAAAAUAAAGAUCAAGGAAUAAAUGUCAGAGAAAAAGCAAAACAAUUGGUUAAUUUAUUAAAAGAUGAAGAACGAUUGAAAAAUGAAAGAGCUAAAGCAUUAAAAGCUAAAGAAAGAUUUGCCCAAACAGCGAGUGGUUUUGGAAGCGAUGGAGCUAUGUAUCCUGAUGCUUGGAAAGGUUUACAUGAAAGACCUGUUAGUCACGACCUUACAAGCAAAGAAUUAGAAAAUGCAAGGCCACAAACGGUGGGUGAAGAAGAAUUACAGCUUCAAUUAGCUUUGGCUAUGAGCAGAGAAGAAGCAGAACAAGAGGAACAAAGGCGAAAAAGUGAUGAUGUUAGGCUACAAUUAGCCUUGUCUCAAAGCCAGCAUGAAUUUAAAGCUAAUACAUCUCCGCAAAACAACAGUCACGUUUUAGAUUUGUUAGAUGUUAACUUAAGCGGGACCAGCUCAGGUGCUCAGGAACCUACCUUUGAUCCGUGGGGAAUGCAAGUACCUCCUCCUCCUCAAAAGGCUCAGGUUGAUCCUUGGUGUAGUUCGACAUCAAGUGCUAGCAAAACAUCUCCAACAGCUACGGUCGAUCCCUGGGCUCCGAUACAAACGGAGCCUAGAUCUUCUGUUACGGGACGAUCCCCUAAUCCCGUUACGAACGAUCCUUGGAAAUCAGUUUCUCCAGUUCCAAAACCUCAAACAGUGGACCCAUGGAGUCCAAACACAUAUAAUUCAAGUCCUCAACUUUCUUCUCCGAACAAUUUAGAUGAUUUUGAUUUUAUUGCAAACAGAGAUAAACCAUCAUCUAACACGGAUAACGUAACGAACAACAACGGUAAUUAA